AAACUCAUAUAAAAGAACGGCACGCCCAGAGAGUAAUCAUUCACAGUACACUGUGCUAAGAAACAAACGUAUCAAAAUGGCAGCUAAGUUCGUCGUUGUUGCUCUCCUGGUGGCGGCCGCUCACGGCAGCGCGAUCCACGGCGCCGACUACACCAGCUUCUCGUACGGCGUGUCCGACCCGCACACCGGCGACGUCAAGAGCCAGCACGAGACCCGCGUCGGCGACAGCGUCCGCGGCCAGUACUCGCUGCUGGAGUCCGACGGCACGAAGCGCACCGUAGACUACGCCGCUGACGCGCACAGCGGCUUCAACGCCGUCGUCCGCAAGGACCCCGCUCUGGUCGCGCACGCCGCCUACGCCGCGCCCGUGGCCCACGCCGCGUACGCCGCGCCCGUCGCCCACGCCGCUCCCGUCGCCUACGCCGCGCCCGUGGCUCACGCUCCCGUCGCGUACGCCGCGCACGCCGCCGCUCCCGUCGCCGUCUCUGCCUACUCCACCUCCCUCGCCCACGGAGCGCCCCUCGCCCACGCCGCGCCCCUCGCCUACGCCGCUCCCCUGGCGCACGGCUACGGCAUCGCCGCUGGACAUGGACUCUAUGGCUCUCAUCUUGGUUACGCCGCGUACUGAACAUCCAAAUUUAGGCAAUGAACUUGUACAUAAUAAUGUAGUCAUAACUUAAUAAACUUUUUGGUAACUCCUAA